CUAGUGCGCCUGCGCCGCAGCCCCCGUGCGCGUCUCUUGUCGGCUUCGUCACCACCAUUUUGUGCUAGGAUCGCGGCUCUUGCUUGGGCGCGUGAGAGCCGGAGCAGCAGCAGCGGCGGCGGCGGCGUCAUGGCGGAGAGUCAGUCAGCGGCCGGGCUGGGGGAGUCUGCGCCCUUGGGCGGGGCGGCUCCCCCCGGCUCGGAGCCCGAGACCCGGCGGCUGAGCGAGCUGCGGGUGAUCGACCUGCGGGCCGAGCUCAAGCGCCGCAACCUGGACAGCGGCGGCAACAAGAGCGUGCUGAUGGAGCGGCUCAGGAAGGCUAUUGAGGAUGAAGGGGGAAAUCCUGAUGAAAUUCCAAUGGUGUCAGAGAUAACUAUCAAGAAAACACCAAAGAGAAGCAGCAAAGGGCGUAGACUAGAAGAAGAGGGAGUUGAAGAUAAUGGACUGGAGGAGGAUUCUGGAGAUGGGCAGGAGGAUAUUGAAGCAAGUUUGGAUAACUUGCAGGAUAUUGACAUGAUGGAUAUUAGUGUGUUAGAUGAAGCUGAAAUAGAUAAUGGCAGUGCUGUAGAUUGCGGAGAGGAUUACAGUGCUGAUAAUAUUCUUGACUCACUGUCUGAUAGUAAAGAAAAUGCUGAUGCAGAAAUGAAAGAACUUCCAGAUCAGCCUACAGAAUAUGCUGUAGGUAACUUGGAGGCAUCUCCACAGUUUUCAGAAAUUAAAGAAGAAUCCAGAGAAAUACCAGUAGUGAUGGCAGAAAGUGAGGACGCUGGAAACAGUUUAGAUGUUUCUUCUUCUGAUUUAACUGUAGUGAAGGAAAUUGAAGAACUACCUUUGGAGCCAGAAAAUGAGAAAAUACUCGAGAUUUUGGGGGAAACUUGUAAAUCUGAACCACUUAAAGAAGAAAUUUCCGAAGUGGAGCAGCCAUAUGCACAAGAAGCAAGUAACGCCGUGGCAGGCAAAAAGCUAGCAGAGGAAGAGGACGCUCUUGCUGCCAGUCAGUCGGAGGAAGAUGCUUUAGAUUUGGACAGCAAGUCAGCACAAGAUCUUUCAAGGAAGGAAGCAAAGCAUUUAGUUGUAGCAAAAGGGGAGACAAGUGAACAGACAAUAGAUGAAGAGAAAAUGGACUCUGAAUCUUUAGUAAUAAGUGAUCAGAGUAGCAAACCAUCACAAGGUCUGGAAGCCUCUAGUGAGGAAACAGCGGAUAAAGAUGCAGGUCUUGAAACCAAAGAUAGUAAAGAAGAUGCCAAGAAAACAGAAGACAAAGCUAAUUCUGAAGAAUCAUCUGCUACUAAAGAGUCCUCUACCAAUGAGGGCGGUGAUCAGAAAAAGAGCUCUGUUGAGGAUGCAGACACAAAGAUGGUCUCAAAAGAUGAGAAAGGUCGUACAAGUAGCAGUUCUGGUAGAAAUUUGUGGGUUAGUGGACUUUCCUCCUCUACCAGAGCUACAGACUUGAAGAACCUUUUCAGCAAAUACGGAAAGGUGGUUGGUGCAAAAGUGGUGACUAACGCUCGCAGUCCUGGGGCUCGCUGUUACGGUUUUGUUACAAUGUCAACAUCUGAGGAAGCCACCAAAUGUAUUGGUCACCUCCACAGAACAGAGUUACAUGGGAAAAUGAUCUCUGUAGAAAAAGCAAAAAAUGAACCAGCCGGGAAAAAACCUUCAGACAAAAAAGAAAGUGAAGCGAGGAAGGAAAGAGACAGGCACCAUUCUACAGAUUCCAAGUCUGAAAAGUCUGUCAGUAUUAAAAAGGACGAGAAGGCAGAUAAAAAAGAUGAUACUAAGAAAACAGAGAGAGAUGGAAAAGAUGAAAAAGAAGGAAAAGAGCAAGAUGAACAGAAAACUACAUCCUCCAAUCGCUCUAGGACUAGCAAAUCAGGAAGUCGAGGAAUUGAAAGGACAGUAAUAAUGGAUAAAUCCAAAGGAGAACCAGUUAUUAGUGUGAAAACCUCUACCACAUCAAAAGAGAGAAAUACUAAGAGCCAGGAUCGCAAGUCAGAGAGCAAGGAGAAACAAGAUAUUUUAUCAUUUGAUAAAAUCAAAGAACAGCGAGAGCGUGAGCGACAGAGGCAGAGAGAACGAGAAAUCAGAGAAACGGAGAGACGCCGAGAACGAGAACGGCGAGAGCGAGAGCAGCGUAUUCAAGCCAUUCAUGAACGGGAUGAAAGACAGAGGCUUCAGAGAGAGCGUGACAGACUUGAAUUUCAAAGGCAGCGGCUUGACAGAGAGCGUUUGGAGAGGGAGAGGCUGGAGAGAGAGAGGAUGCAUAUCGAGCAAGAACGGAGGAAGGAACAGGAUCGCAUACAGCGAGAAAGAGAAGAGCUGCGUCGUCAGCAAGAACAACUGCGCUAUGUGCAAGAACGGCGAUCGGCAAUUAGAAGACCUUACGAUACUGAUGCAAGGCGAGAUGACUCCUACUGGCCAGAGGCAAAGCGAAUGGCGAUGGAUGAUAGAUACCAUUCUGAUUUUAGCCGCCAAAAUCGCUUCCAUGAUUUUGAUCACAGGGAUCGUGACCGAUACCAAGACCAUUCUGUGGAUAGGAGAGAAGUUUCAAGGGCAGUGGUAGAUCGAGAUGGGCAGCAUUAUGCAGAUGAGCGCCAUGGAGGAUCAGAACGUCACUCGCGGGACUCACGGGACAGUUGGGCUGCCUAUGGGUCUGACAGAAGAAUAAGCGAAGGGAGAACGAUACCUCCACAGUCCCGAGAUGGACGUGACUGGGGAGAUCAUGGUCGAAAGUUAGAGGGGCAUCAAGAUCGUUCAUGGCAGGGCAGUGCAGAUGGAGUGAUGGGACGGGAUCAUGAGAGAUGGCAAGGUGCUGAUAGGGGCAUCCCUGGUCAGUCCGGAACAGGCCAUGUAAUGAAUCGAGGAGCAAUAUCGGGGCGUGGAGGCUUCAUGCAAAGUGGAAACCAGAGCCAGAUAGUGCAGGCUAGUGGAGUGCCAGGAGCAUUUGCAAGCCAGGACAGAGCAAACAGACCCAGUGAUCCCCGCUUCACCCACCGCUACUGAAAUUUUUAACUUUCUCUGAAUGCAAGAUGGCGACAGUGGUGAAUUCUGUUACCCAGGGUCACCUUGAAUUUAUGUAAUUAAAAAUCUGCCAUAUUGUAAUGGAAAACUAUGUGAACUCAUUUGUUUGUUUUUUUGUAAUAAAUGUGUUCUUGUUCAAACACCACUUAAGUUUCUGUUAAUGAAACAUUCCAUUUUUCAUAAAUAAUAAAAUUAGUUUACAGCUAA